AUGCACGCCGCCCUAGCGGGUCCGCUGCUCGCCGCCCUCCUCACCACCGUUCGCGCCCGCCCGCAGCCCCCGGACGGAGGACAGUGCCGGCCGCCAGGAUCGCAGAGGGACCUGAAUUCUUUCCUGUGGACUAUUCGGCGUCACCCCCCAGCCUACCUGUUUGGCACCAUCCAUGUCCCCUACACCCGCGUUUGGGAUUUCAUCCCUGACAACUCCAAGGCGGCCUUCCAGGCCAGUGCCCGCGUCUACUUCGAGCUGGACCUGACAGACCCCUAUACUAUCUCUGCACUGGCCAGCUGCCAGCUGUUGCCGCACGGAGAGAACCUGCAGGAUGUGCUGCCCCGAGAGCUCUACUGGCGCCUGAAGCGCCACCUGGACUAUGUGAAGCUGAUGAUGCCAUCAUGGAUGACUCCUGCUCAGCGGGGCAAGGGGCUCUACGCGGACUACCUGUUCAACGCCAUUGCAGGCAACUGGGAGCGCAAGAGGCCUGUGUGGGUGAUGCUCAUGGUGAACUCUCUCACGGAGACGGACGUGCGCUCUCGUGGUGUGCCCGUGCUGGACCUCUACCUGGCCCAGCAGGCCGAGAAGAUGAAGAAGAGCACAGGGGCUGUGGAGCGGGUGGAGGAGCAGUGCCAUCCACUCAAUGGGCUCAACUUCUCCCAGGUGCUGUUUGCCCUGAACCAGACCCUGCUGCAGCACGAGAGCGUGCGGGCUGGGAGCCUGCAGGUGCCCUACACCACAGAGGACCUCAUCAAGCACUACAACUGCGGGGACCUCAACGCCGUCAUCUUCAACCACGACACGUCCCAGCUACCCAAUUUUAUCAACACUACCCUCCCACCGCAUGAGCAAGUGACAGCCCAGGAGAUUGACAGCUACUUCCGCCAGGAGCUCAUCUACAAGAGGAAUGAACGCAUGGGGAAGAGGGUCAUGGCGCUUCUGCAGGAGAAUGAAGACAAGAUCUGCUUCUUCGCCUUUGGAGCAGGUCACUUUCUAGGGAACAACACUGUCAUUGAUGUCCUGCGGCAGGCAGGGCUGGAGGUGGACCAUACUCCUGCGGGGCAGGCCAUCCACAGCCCUGCUGCUGGGAGCCCAGUGCCCCCUCCUGAGGGGACCUCAGCCAGCCCUGCCCCAGCUACCCCAGCUGCCGCUGUCCCUGCAGCACCCUCAGUGACCCCCACCACCCCGCCUGAGGAGGAUGACCCAGCCCUGUCCCCGCACCUCCUGCUCCCUGACAGCCUCAACCAGCUGGAGGAGUUUGGACGGCAAAAAAAGUGGCACAAGAGGCAGAAUAAACACCAGCGACCGCGGCAAUUCAAUGACCUCUGGGUCCGCAUCGAGGACAGCACCACCGCCUCGUCACCCCUGCUGCCCCUCCAGCCCACCCCCAGCUCUGGGACUGCCAAGACCCCCUUCCAGCUCUCGGACCAGCCCCAACAGCAGGACCCAGCAGGGCCCGCCAGCAGCUCAGCGCCCACCCUGGGUCUCCUCCCCAUCCUCACCGCCACCGUUGUGGCCCCCUUCCUGCUGCACAAUCUGGGGCCCUCCUGA